CCGGCGGCGUUGGGCUGGCCUUGGCGCACGCAGCGCGCCCCCCGGGCCGUCGAUCGAACGGUUGGUGCCACAGCAAGCUACCGAGGCUGCCCCAAACGCCACCGACGCGAAACCAUAAAGGACAGGAUGCCUAGGGCCGAUGGCACCCUCAACGCCCGGGAGAAGGCCGCGGACAUAUGGCAGCAACAACAUUGGGUCGACGCCGACGGCGACCCCGCGAUCAACCGCGUCCAGUCGUACCCCGGCACGUACGUCCGCGAGCCGUCGGCGAUGCUCCGGGGGAACUUUUCGUUAUCGUCCUUCGGCACGCCGGAGGAGGUCAUCUGGUGGGCGGCGCACGAGAACGAGUGCGAUAUAUUAAUGUCGCUGGCGCUAGACAGGAGGUUAGAUAUCAACUGGCGGAACGAGCACGGGUGCUCGGCGUUUUAUAUUGCCGUGGUCAAGGGCCACAUCGAUGCGGUCCAGACUCUCUUAGGACUAAACAGAGACGACUUCGACUAUGACCUCGUGUGUCCGCGGGCGUUGGACGCGUCGCCGUUCUGGGCGGCGGCGCGGAAGGGCGACGCCGCGAUGAUUAAGGUCUUGCUCGAGGAGUCGCCGUGCGACUUCGAGAAGGCGAACAAGCACGGCAUCACGCCCGUCGCGGCCGCGCGCGAGGCUGGGCACGACGACGUCGUCUUAUUGAUAGAAAGGCGGAAGCGGAAGCUCGCGGGCGUCGCCGACUGGCCCUCCUACAAGCCGCCGUCGCGGGAGAAGCUGCCUUCCAUACCCUCCGUGCGGCCGCCCCUUUCCACCGAAUGCGACCCCGGCAUGCGCCUGCGCCGCGAGCGCAAGUCGAUUGAUGAAUUAGACGCCGACCGCGAGGCCAACGGCUGGGUCUGCAAGGUCUGCGGCCGCCGGAACGCGGCGAGCGACUUCCGCGAGCCGCUCUGCCGCGUCUGCAAGGUGCCGCCCGACUACGACGGCGGCUACACGGCCGCCGAGGAGCGGCGCCGCGUCGAGCGCGGGCCGGACCUCCAUGCGUCGCGGCGGACGCAGCGGCGCGUGUCAGAGAUGCGCCUCGGGUACAAAUUGUGAUAAUGUUUUACGGGGGGAAGUCUAUCCUCUCGAUGCGCUCGAGCGCCGCGAGCGCGUCGGCCGCGUUCGCCGCGCCCGCGCUCUUUAGUUUGGCCAUCUCGCGCAGCAUGCGCUUCGCCUCCGGCAGCAUGGCCCCGAACUCGGCCUCGUCGUCACUAUUGUCGUCGCGCCGCUCCAUGGUCUCGUCGACGAGCCAGCGGUGGCCGCAGAAAUCCAUGUGCGACCACGCCAGGUAUUUCUCCGACGACGGCUGCGCGCCGUCCUUCCGCAGGCCCCGCGCCCGCUCGUCGACCUCGUGCAGCACCCAGGUCUGGCCCGCGAAAUCCUCGUAGUCCAAGCAAAUGAUCAAGUCGCCGUGCGCCAGGACAUAUGGUAAGGGCUUGCCGUAGGGGUCGCCGGGCUCGGCGAAGCAUUUCAGGUUCGCGUGGCGGCUCUCGCCUCGCCUAUUCAUCGCCGGCCCGCGCACCGUGAGCAGUUUGCGGAACAUGGGGUGCGACGCGUCGAUGCUGCGCUCGGCGGGCGCGGCCUGGCAGCGUACACGCUGUGGUUUUGUCGUCGGCGGCACGAGGGCUGCUGCCAGGCCGCAGACCAGGGCGGCGCGUCGAGCAGCCAUCUUGGCGGCAGGCGUAAGAGCAGGCUUGCACUGCGGCCUCGUUCUCGCGGCUGCAGAGGCGACAGCUCGAACCCACGAUGCGCUGGACACGAACGAGUGCAGCUGUACGCGGUCGUCAAUGUGUG